UGUAUAUAGGAAGGGCAAGAGCUCUGGGACUACCAACUGGCAAGCUUCAAUGUAGCUGUGGAUAUCUGUACCAUAAAAGAGCCUAGUAUACACAUUCUAGAACCAGCCGUAAUUAUGGAAGAUUCAACUUCAAGCACCAACGGAGAGAAUAAAAAAAGUUCCUCUGAAUCCAACAGGAAAGAAAAUAAUGAGAAGCAGGAGACAGUGAAAACAGACUCAGCUCCUGUACAAAGUUUAAAGAAGACCAAAAAAUCAAAACAUUUAACAGUAUUAGAAUGCUCCUACGAGAAGGAUGAGAAAACAAAUUCAAAUCAACUGGGGAAUGACCAAUCCAAAGAGAAGUCCACUGAUCCAGUCCAAGAGAAGAUGGAGGAAGAUGUAGAGUCAUUUAAAGGAUAUUCACAGGAGGAUGAAGACCUAGAAUUCUGCGAAGUAUCUUCACUAGAGGAUGAAGACCUAGACUUAUGCAAUGUAUCUUCACUAGAGGAUGAAGACCUAGACUUAUGGGAAGUAUCUUCACUAGAGGAUGAAGACCGAGAUGAUUCAUCUCAAGGAUGCUCAAAGGAGUGUGGGGAGUGUUCGUCACACAUGCAGAAACCAAAUCAGACAAAUCAUCACCACUGAUGACAAUGAUUAUAAUAAAAUCAAGUGUGAGAAGC